CUCUUCCUCCGAUCAUUACAGCAUCAACACACAAUCCAUCCCAGCGACCACCACAGUCUCUUCAAUUCAUCUUGCUUGAUAGCUCGGUUCAUCUUCUUACUCCCCCUGCGCUCGCUUGCAUCAGAGUCUUUGGUUCUUACAUCAUCGUUGCCGGCCGCCGCUUUCUUGUCACCAAAGCAUCUCUCCAAGCCUGAUCCAAUCAGCCGUUUGUUACAAGGACCACAUCUCGUUUUGGAGACCAACGUUCUAUCAAAGAUGUCUGCCCAUUAUCGCACCAACCCGGGUGUCGUCACCGACACUGGCAACAACCGCCAGGGUAACUAUCAAAGCUACCUCACAACCGAAGUUGGCAGUACUCAGCAUGACGGCUCUGCGACCCAUGGUCAUCAGGUCAACCAUGGCGUUGACAACAUGAACGCCGUUAUGAGUCAGUUCAGCAGCCUUGCCUUGCCUCCUGGUCCUGGCAACCCGACUGCCCCUCAAAACCAGGCUGGUCACCAGUACUACAUGCAGGACCAGCAAGUUGCUUACCAGACUUACCCUGUCCCCAUGCACGUCGGCGUUCCCCCCGAGGCGGCUUACCAGAUUGGCGUUGCCGGACAGUACCCCGUUCCGGCUGGAUAUGCGCCCCUGCCUAUUCCUUACCAUUCUGUGCCUUACACGCCUGGCCGUGUCGCCUCGUACGGUGAGCGCAGCAGCGAGGCUCCUGGGCUCGAGAACCGUAGGGGCUCGUACUCCACCAACGAGUCCACCCCUGCUACCCCUUUCUUUGGCACUUUCUCGGACCGUGGUGGUAAUGGUCGAAUUGCUGUGAUCCGCUCCAGCUUCAACACUCCUUCCCCGGAGCAGGUUGUUGCAUCUGGCGGUGUUGUUAAAUCCGUCCCUAUUGUCGAUGAGGAGCUGCUUGCCCUGCUCAAGCAGAAUCCUCCUAUCCCUGAUGCGGUUCCUGCCGUGUUCACCCCGCCCACUCACACCAAGUCCAUCGAGCAGUGCCUCGAGAACCGUAUUCAGGGCAAUCGCAACGUUUACAUCCGUGGCCUUCAUCCCACCACUGACGAUGAGUUGCUGCUUCGUUAUGCUUCCCGCUUCGGCAAGGUUGAGCAGAGCAAGGCGAUCAUUGACACGUCUACUGGAGCUUGCAAAGGCUUCGGCUUUGCCAAGUUUGCCAAUGUUCGUGAUUCGGAGAAGUGCAUCCGUGGCUUCCACCAUCUAGGCUAUGAGGUUGGCUUCGCUCGCGAGAGCUUCAACGCCCGUCUCAAGGCAGAGGGAGAUGAGAGUUCCACCAACCUUUAUCUGUCCAACUUGCCCAAGCGUCUGACUGAGGCGGAGCUGAAUGCUAUCUUUGUUGGCUAUCACAUUGUCUCCAGCAAGAUUCUCAGAGAUAGCAUGGGUAACAGCCGCGGUGUCGGUUUUGCUCGCUUCGAGACCCGUGAUGAGUGCGAGGAUGUCAUCAAGAAAUUCCACGGCGCCCCGAUUGGAGAGGAGGGAAUGCUGAUGCAGGUUCGCUACGCCGACACUCCGGCGCAGAAGGAACUUAAGCGCAUCACGGCUGAGCGCCGCCAGUUCCGCACCAACGAGUACAACAUUGGCGCCUACGGAACUGCGGAUGUCGGCAUUCAUCCCAGCAUCUAUAACCACCAGGCUCCGUGGAACCGUCGCGUUAGCGCCGGCCACUCGUCUGAUACUUCGUUUGCUUCCGGCGCCCGUAUCCGCAUUAACGUCAACAGCGACAGUGGAAUGGGUUCUUCCAUGUCUCAGGGUGGAAGCCAUGCGGUCAGGCCGGGUAAACUCACCACCGGCGCAUCCUCUUCGGACGACGGAUCAGCGGACGAGGGCGUCACGAUCGUCGAGUCCGGUACGGUUGCAAACGGCAGCACCCAGUCAUCGCCCACAAUCAAGAAGGAGAAGCCGUAGUUGGCUACGAGGGCUUUGCCUCGAUAUUCCUGUCUUUGAUCUGGCUUCCCUUUGUUCGAGUAUACGAUACAACUGAUGUUUUUCUUGGGAAGGGCUCAACAGCUCGGCAUCGCUAAUCUGUGGCCAUCAUUAAGUUGCUUCUGGCGAUAGGUCUGGAGCACAUGAUCGAUACGGAUGUUUAAUCAACUGGCUAUGCCAAAGCAUGUGGCGGGUGCUUAAUUACUAACCGAAACUUUUUCAUGGGAUGGGGAAUCUUUACAGUUCUGGCACGUGGUAAUAAUAACCGGGAGAUUGGAGGAUUACUAGAAAUUACCAAGGUUUUCUUGUACGGUUAUUGAUAUUCAGUUCUCUGGGACUUUGUACUUCUAACAAGGGAAGCCAAGCAGACAGUAUCAAUCGAAUGCAAAAUCAUCAUUGUUGC